CUGUGAUUAGACGCUGAUCUCCCCAUCUGAAUGGGACAGAGAGAGGAGGGACCCAAGACAUAGAUUGACUCCCCACCCUCCCCCCGCCCUUGAGACUUCCAUUGAGGAAAACGGAACAGGAGAAGGGGUGAAGGAAGAAGAAACACCCCCUCCCCAUAGAAUAAGAGAAGAAAGCGGCAAAGCCUUUAGCAGGAGAAAAGUAUGAUCAUGCCUGAACUGUGUUAGUGCUUUCUCCCCCCCCCCCACUCUCUUCCCCCCCUCUCUCUUUCUCUCUCUCGGCUUCUCCUUCUCUCUCUCCCUCUCUUUGUCUCCGAGGUGUUUAACUUUGGGGGACCUCGGGCUGCCUGGGAGCUGGAGGCAUUUCGGCUCCACAAGGGACGAAGCUGGACGAGGCGGCAGCAGCAGCAGCAGCGGCAGCAGGAAAAAGGCAGCCACAUGCUCCAAGUGGGGGGUGUUAAAAGUUGAGACUCGAUUCCAGGCGCAGUAGAUCAAAACAGGUGCUGCUAGCAAGUCAUGAUGGUUGAAUCUGCCUCAGAGACAAUACGUUCCACUCCCUCCAGUCAGAAUGGUGUCAGCAGCCUAAACAAUCCAAAUGAUGGAGGAGGCGGAGGAGGCGGUGGUGGUGGAUGUGGAAGAGAGGGAGGAGCCAGUGGAGAAACCAAUGGAGAGAUGAGCCCAGUGGAACUCCUGCAUUUUCAGCAGCAACAGGCUCUUCAGGUGGCACGACAGUUCCUUCUGCAGCAAGCAACAGGGCUGACCUCUCCUAGCAGCAAUGAAAAUAAGCAGCCAGCUGUUCAGGUUCCAGUGUCUGUGGCCAUGAUGUCUCCUCAAAUGAUCACCCCACAGCAGAUGCAACAGAUCCUGUCUCCUCCCCAACUCCAAGCCCUGCUGCAGCAGCAGCAAGCAAUUAUGCUUCAACAGCUGCAGGAAUACUACAAGAAGCAGCAGGAGCAACUUCAUCUGCAGCUACUGACUCAGCAGCAAGCUGGAAAGCAGCAAGCCAAAGAGCAGCCAUUAGGGAAUAAGCAGCUGGCAUUCCAACAACAGCUACUGCAGAUGCAGCAGCUGCAGCAGCAGCACCUGUUAAACCUCCAGCGACAAGGGCUGGUCAGUUUACAGCCAGGACAAGGCACCGUUCCUCUGCAGACCCUUCCACAAGCUGUGUGUCCCUCAGACCUUCAGCAGCUGUGGAAAGAGGUUACUGCUACUCAGCCUAUAGAAGACAGUAUCAAGCAAGAGGGACUUGACCUCAGCACCAACACCUCCAAUUCUACCUCGUUUUCGGCCGCCAAGGUCUCUCCAAUUUCCCAUCACCCUCUCCCCAAUGGACAGAACGCCAUGCUCGCACAAAGGAGGGACAGCUCUUCUCAUGAGGAGACCCCUGGUUCUCACCCUCUAUAUGGACAUGGAGAGUGCAAGUGGCCUGGUUGUGAAACCCUCUGUGAGGACUUGGGACAGUUUGUCAAACACCUCAAUACAGAACAUGCACUUGAUGACCGGAGCACGGCUCAGUGUCGAGUUCAAAUGCAAGUGGUACAGCAGCUGGAAAUACAGCUAGCUAAAGAGAGUGAACGUCUCCAGGCGAUGAUGGCCCACCUCCAUAUGAGACCUUCAGAGCCAAAGCCCUUCAGUCAACCUCUGAACCUGGUUUCCAGUGCCACCCUCUCCAAGAGCACUUCUGAUACCUUCCCUGAUGGAUUACCUCACCCCCCCACCUCUGCUACCGCACCCAUUACUCCAUUGCGGCAGGGUCCUUCUGUCAUCAGCUCAUCCACUUUACACAAUGUAGGGCCCAUCCGCAGGAGGAACUCAGAGAAGUUCUGCACACCAAUAUCCUCAGAACUUGCACAGAAUCAUGAGUUUUACAAAAAUGCAGAUGUCCGCCCCCCCUUCACGUAUGCCUCGCUUAUCCGGCAGGCUAUCCUUGAGACACCUGACAGGCAGCUAACAUUGAAUGAAAUCUACAAUUGGUUCACGCGGAUGUUUGCCUACUUCAGGAGAAACACAGCUACCUGGAAGAAUGCCGUACGCCACAACCUGAGCCUGCACAAGUGCUUCGUGCGAGUGGAGAAUGUCAAGGGAGCCGUCUGGACUGUAGAUGAACUUGAGUACCAAAAGAGAAGGCCACCAAAGAUGACAGGGAGCCCAACUUUAGUGAAAAACAUGAUUUCUGGCCUUAGUUAUGGAGCACUUAAUGCCAGCUACCAGGCAGCCCUGGCUGAGAGCAACUUCCCUCUUCUGAACAGUCCCACCAUGAUCAACACAAGCUCCACUAGUGGCAUGUUGCAUGUUGGCCAUGAUGAUGUGAGCAGCACUGUGGAACAAGUCAACAGCAAUGGCAGCAAUAGCCCCCGGCUUUCACCACAGCAGUACAGCCACCAAGUCCAUGUGAAGGAAGAACCAGCCGAGACGGAGGAUGACAACAGACCUGUUUCUCUCAUGGCAACAACCAAUCAGAAUGUGACGAUUCCUGAUGACAGAGACCUGGAGGAGGAGCUGCCAGUGGAAGACUUGUCUUAAGGGCCCUCCCUCCUCACCUAGGGCUCAGCACUUCCCCAGAGACAAAGCAAUGGCUCCCACCUCUUCAAGGUGACCUUCAGUGUUAUCUUGUUUAAGGCACUUCUGCAAAGCAAAAGGGUUUCCUUGGGUCUACCCAUUGCUGAAGGCACACCCUGCUUUCUCCUUCUUGCAUCCCAAUGACUCUUAACAGACAUUCACAGAGGGGGAUGUGCAAAGAAACAAAAAACAGAGUUGAGCUUUUUCUUUUUCUUAAAAAAAAAUUUUUUUUUUGAUUUUGUAAUUGGUAAACGAGGAUGGUAGAUUGUUUCUGUCCGAAGACUUCUUUGUUGCCUACCCCCUUCCAUCACCCCACCCUCAUGGGGAUAAAAAGAAGGUGUCUCGUAUUGUCUGCUCUGUGUUUUGUCAUUUUCAGCUCAUAUGCCAUGUUGUUUCCACAAAUCAAGAUUUGGAAGCAUCCAGUCCAACAGGGGGCAGCAUCCAAGCCAUGGGCUUCUGUGAAUGUCCCUCACUUCCCCGUGGAAAGCAUUUCCAAUAGCCUGCUGGUUAAUCCCACUGAGAACUUUGCACUAGGAGGAAUCCUCUCUUUCACACACACACACACACACACACACACACACACACACACACACACUCAUAACCCCCUUUCAUACCAUCUCUACAUAUUGGAACAGCUGUUGGAAACAAGACCCCUACAGUGGCCGUGAUGUCCCAACGUCUGUUCAUUUCCUGACUGAGAAAGAAAUGAAAAGCCGAGCUUGGUGUAAUGAAUACACUGUAGGUAAGCAAGCAGCCAAAGGGUCUCUCACUGCCACACAUAAAACCACUCGGUUUUUCUUUCUCCAACCUGUGUUUGUGCCCCUGCAAGUUCAAGAAGCAGUCUUCUUUAGCCAGUCAUGCUUGACAGCCAGUCUUCAGUCCACAAACCUUUAUCCACCACAAAACCCAGGGAUGAAUGUCCAUUUCCACGCCAUCACAUACUGUGAAACUUUUCCAGAAGCCAACACCUGGGCAAAUGGAGAGCAAGCUGAUGGGCCCCAGCAUGAGACUGGAUUCAGGGAAAGACUUUGACUUCUGCAAGAUGAAACUUUUGCUUGCUUCUCCCAGCUUCCUUUCUGUCUGUUCCAUUUUAACAAACACUGAGGAUGAGGCCGAAAAGCAUGACUCUUGGUUACUUAUGUGGGGGUGAAGAGGUGGAUAAAUGGGAAGGCCUUGAGUGGAUAUGACACGGCAAAGCCAGCAAAAUAUGAAGCAUUUGAGGUGGGAUGGGUUAAUGGGGACAGGCCGAUGUAUGUGGCUGUAGAAAACAAACCAAGACCUGGUUGACCAUGCAAAACUCAAUGCUCUAUAUCUAUGGUCAACAACACCUUUCCUUUGUGACCAAACACAGCAAAGUUAUGAUGAAGCACUCAGCUCCUUCUAGCCAUUAGCUUGUCUAGUGGGGGGAAAAUGUAUCCUACCCCACAACUGGUGUGUUAGUCAUUAGUUCCUUGACACAAGCUAAUUUAGAGGGGGAACAAGAAGUUUUCCAAAACGUUAUAAUCGUAAUGAAGUACAUCAUUCAGGUGAACAGUGUUAACCAAAAACCCUCCCAACAUAGUUUGUCAGUUCAUUGUCUCUGGUCUCAUAUCUGAGGGGCUCUUCUCGUCACUAAAAAAACAACAGGUUUCCAAAGGCUCCUUUGCCUCUCCCUUCAAGAGAGGACAACCCAAAAGCUCCCUUUUGGUGACUGAGACUUCGCCAGUUGCUGGUGGGAGAAAUUGUUUUGGUCACUGUGGGACUUAAGGAUGCAGUGCAUCAAGGAAAAUGGAUACUAUGCAUCAGAGGAGUCUCUAAAGCAGGUCCAUGUGUGCUCCCAUCUCCCAUAAGUAAAUCAAUGUAACUUGUAUUCAGGGCCUAAGAGGGAUUCAGUAGGCCCUCCCGAAAUGUAAACACCACUAUUUUUUUAAGACAAGCUGGUACUUUGAAAUUUGAGUAAUUCCCAAACCAGCAAGGAAUCUUCUGCACCCCAGCCUGUUAUGUUAGGAGAAUAAACUGCCACAUCAGAUGAGUUUGCUGAAUGCCCUCCCCAAACAAGACUCCAAAGGACAUUUUGUCGAUAUAUUUCUGAUUAAGUUGUCUUAGGAUUCCUUUGCACCAUUCUGUGUUUCAUGAUUAGGUGAUGCUUUCUUACUGCUCCAACCACCAUGCAGUUCAACGCAUUGGGUAAGGUGAAGGAUAAUGCCUUCUGGGUACAGAGGGAGUUAACCCUACCCAAAAUGUUGUCUCCUGCACAUGCCAUUGCUCCAUUUAUCUUCAGCACGGUGUAUUCUAAUGGUGUUAGAACUCUUGCUUAAUUCCCCUUUUCGCCAGCUGGUUGGCCAUGAUAACAAUCCCCCCUCUUCCCCCCUCCCCACCUUUAAUUCCCAAGCUUAGCUCAGAGGGUUACAGUAAAUCAACUGGCACUUCCUGCGCCUUUUUACCUCUUUUUUACCUUUUCCUUAAGAAUAGCACGUUAUUUCUAUACAACCCCCAAACUUCUUUUUGUAGAUGAAUGGUGAUUGGGAUCAAAUCUCUUAGCCAAGAUCAAAUUAUCUCGCUCUCAAAAGAAAAAGGAAGGGGUAUUUAUUUUCUGCAACAGCUCUAGAGCUACCUGACAAAAUCUUCUGGUUCCAUUUGCUCAGUUUUUCCAAUGGUGAUAUCUCCUAGAAGGAUCCCUGGUGGGUCGCACUAGCAAAUCCUAUCUUUUAUUUCUUAAAUUCUGGUACGCUGUGCACUAUGAUCUCUAGCCACUUUCUUGGCUAUUCUCCCCCCAUCACCUUGUGUUUUUUCCAAAGGAUUUUGCUGAAGGAAGAGGAGCCUUACCUUGGAAGUCACAGGUUUCUAUUGCCCCACUUUUGGUAAACCUCCAGGGAUUGUUUUAUCUAACCUAUGCUAUUGUCCAUGUAACACACAUGUUAUACUUACUCUCUAACAUUUUUGUUCUCCUAAAUUCUCAGUGUACUAAAUAAGGUGCAUAAAUGACCCAGAUUUGUUUCAAAUCUAGACAAAGUCAACAGCAGUGAAAAUGAAACAUACUCCCCCUUCCUUCCUGAAAAACGUUUGCAAAAAUCAAGGUAUGCCAUGCUCCUCACUUGGAAAACUACCAGUGCUUGGUUCCCAGAGCCUACACUAGAGGGCUCCACUGAACAUGCAUUUCCCCUAUUCUGUUUCCUAGCUUCUCCUGCAGACAGAGCAAAAUUGGAAAGUUUAGUAUCUAGAUGCAUUGAGGUAGUAGCUUUGAUUUGAAGGGGAAGCAGACUGCAUGCUUAUGAAGACAGAGAGUAACCUGGAGGUGAUCAUACUUACAGGAUAUGAAUCAAAUUACAAAUGCUUUCAAGAACCUCCCCAGAGAAACCAUCCAUUGCCAACAGGUAGCUUGCUCUUUCAGAACCCACAGACAGCCACGAUAUGACUGCAGGAGCUUGGAAUACCUCAAAACCCUUUGACUGUCUAUCCAUCUCUCAGGGCCCAGCUCAGCUCCAGAAGCAGCUUGGGAAAAUGUUCCCAUCCUUAGUUUGAGCAAAAACACACCACACCUCACUGUUCCACUUGGGACUAUUUUUAAAUGCCUCCCUAGUGCCCUCUACAGAAUGCUUUACAAUUGGCUUAACCAUUGACCAAAGACCUUUCUUAGAUAAGAAGCAUAAACCAAAACACAUUUUAUUUAAUCUUUGGUGCUUUUAUUCUGAGUUAUUCCAACGGACAUUAGCCAAAAAGAGAAGUUCACAAAGAUCCUGCACUCCCUUUGCCCUUUUGUCACUUUCUUUUGUUUUUAAGUUAUUAUUUAAACCAAAGUUUACAGGUGCUGUUUUGUACGCUAAUAAUGAAGUGAGACCGGAAUCAUGGAUUGCUGCUUUGUGUUUGUUGCUUGCUUAACCAAGGGUACACUGUGGAGCUUAAGAGAGGAUUUGCAUUCCAUGGGUCUGUUCUGAACCUGCUUCCAUCUCACUCUCCCCCACCCCAUUAACUGCCUUCAUUUCAUCUGUUAACUUCUGCUCUAUUGUUUGUACACAAUUGGGAUUUUUUCUCUUUGUUUAGAGUUAUUUUUAUUUUGUUUUCUUUGGUUUCCAAAGGGGUUAUUGUCCUAAAAUCUUUUCUCCAUCCUCCAGAAUGAUUAGGAAAUUCAUCUGUUCUUUCUGCCACUGUCUGGGUAAUGCAUGUUUCUGAAAAUCACACUAGAAGAUUCAUCACAAGCUCCUCGGUCAGACUAUACACACGACGCACUGUGAGGGCAUAGAACUCUUUACUACACUAUUUCUGACUGCUGCAGUGUUGAAGUCGUGUGUUUUUCUAAUUCUCCCCCCACAUAGAAAAUCUCCCUGUAAAUGUAAACUUGUGUAUCAGAAAGCAAGGCUCGGCAUAAUCUUCUGCCUGGUGCACAUACAAGGUGGAAGUUUUUGUUUUGUUUUGUUUUGUUUUACGGUCUGACUCCUGCAGUCUGAAAUAACACAUUCUGGAAUUCAUCUACCUUAUUCUGUGUAACGUGUAGAUCAACUCUGUGCAUGCAGCAAAAGGCUUCUUUGAACUUUGACAGCAUCCCAAUUCAUGUACUCCUCUAUUGUGUCAAAUUGCUUUUCAAACAAAUUUCUGAACUGAGUGGUUAUACCUCAGUACUACUGUCUUUCCCUCUCAACCUUACUUUCCCAUCAAUUCCUACUAAGGCAGCUGCUUUAUCAUCAGUUUGAACUCUUCAAAGAUGCUGACAUCUUGACUGACUGACCUCAAUCUGUUUCCCCCCGCCCCCCCUGCCUGGUACAAUAUCCGUUUUGUGUGUUGGGCAUCUGCAGCUGGUCCUGAGAUGUCUGGGAUAUAUGUUGUUCUGCCAGUAUUAAAGUGAUGUUUCCUGGUACUGUACAGUCAAGAUCUGAACUGUAACCAUCCUCGCUUGUGGGAAGAGAUUCUCUUUAGUAAUACAACUGUCUCUGUUUUAAACCAAAAUCUCUGCCUCGCUUGUUUGGGUUUUUUCACCUUGACCCGCUUAAAUUAAGAGGCCCAAGAAAAGGGAGCAUGGCUAAUAUAUGAACUGCCCGAUGUAAACCAGUUUCAUGAGUUAACUAAUGCUGAAAUGGUGCUGCAGUGUUGGACAUAUGAGAACCACUUUAUACAUUUGGAUGGAAUCAAAUAAUACAACUUUUCCUGCACUGUCUCACUUUGGGUUACAGAAAGAAGAAAAGGCUAGUUGUCAGGUAGAAGGUUAGAGUGAGCCCUUCUUCUAUGCUAGCGGCGGAGGUGGUUCUUCCCGCCUGUCUUAGACGUUCUUUUUCUUUCUUGGGGAAGCCAAACGUGCUGCUGCCACCGCUCCAGUGGUACAAUCCAGGAAAAGCUUUACAUGAUUCUGUUGAAUAUAUAAAUUGGAACUAUAUUCUGGAUAUGGAGCAGCCAUUAAAGCAUCACUGGCUUACAUUGUGGCAUUGUACUGGGAACCGUGAAUCUUUUUGGAGAACCCUGACAAAGUUGGUGAUAUAUUCCCCCCUCAGGCCAUCUACCCCAUACUUGAUUAGGCACUUACUGUGGUUCAAAGGCAGGUACAUUCAGGUUUGACCUAGAAGAAGAGUAUUGCACUGCUAACCAUUCCUGCCAAUUAUAGCCCCUCUCUGCCUUCAUGACAGUAUUAAUGUGUAUCCUCAGAGGAUAGUUUUACACCUAUUUCUCACUGUAGUAGUGUAUCUGCGUCUGAGCUGCACCACUUCAGAUUGCAGGAGGUAUGGGAAUUCCUGUGACUGAAUGUUCCCCCCAUACAACAGCACAUUCCUUUCACAUAGAAGAAUGUGUAGUUGUAUGUGGGGAAGAAGGGUUCUCCUUGAUACCUAUUUUUUUUUCCCUAAGGAGGAGCAUUUAAUCACAUGAACAGCAAAAAGAUAAAAAGAUGAAGCUCAGGCACAGGUUUAUUACCUCCAUGAGAGCUAGCCCAUUGUGUUCCGUAUCACAGUAGCAAAACUGUGUACGGUCAUCUGUGUUGGAUAUUAUUACAAUAUUCAGUUCUUCAAGGGUUUCCUGCCCCACCAAAUGCCAGAGGGGCAUUUCUCCUUCCCACUAUGACAUCAUUUUGCAGCCCACUAGCUUUAAAACAUUGGUAUUCUGUCUUCAAACAUCUGUAUGUUGAAGCCAAGAUUUUGCUACAGACUUGUCAGUGGGUGGUGUGUAUGUAUAUUUGUUACUGGGCAGUUGGCAUUGUUUUGAAUCUUUUUGGAUUUUGAAUCCAUUCCUGGUUCUAAAAGGAACCAGCACAUAUCUGGGAGCUAGAUAAUAAAAUAUGAGAUUUUUGAGAGCUGAUCUAAGGCCUCUUAAAAUUGUGUGUCCUGCAGGUAUUUCCAUUUUCAUGGCUUAAAAGUAAAACCAUUCCUUCAUUGUGUUUGUUUUCUUGUGUGAUCUAGCUUUCCCAGCAAGGAUGCCUCAGAACUAGGAUUCAGUUUUCAUUUUGCUCCAAUGUUCAUUGGUAAUGCACUGUCCUAAUGAAAGACAGGUACCACAAAAUUAGAGUGAUUCUGGUGUUUGGUUGUUUUAAAGUUCUGGUUAUCUUUUCCCUAUCUAAAGAAAUCCCUUUGCAAUAACAGGGUUUCUGUGUGUAGUUGUGGAUUUGCCCAUGUAUAAAGCUGCAAAGAUGGUCAUUUGCAAAACUGCAAAUGCUAUACAUAGAGAAGCAGAUCCCAAAUGUAUUCAGAUCAGUAACAGGCUUCCCACUGACUUCACUUGGCAGUUGAUCAGGUCCUUCCCUAUCUGUGUUCUCUUUCGAGAGUCUUGCAUGUGCUUGAUUAAUAACAAGUAGAUUCCGAUUUCUUAGGGCUGUAAACAUGCUUGGCUAGCACUGGUACACCCCUUAAAUGACACCGAAAAGAGAAUGCAUCACUGAAUCCUUAUGCUGUUCUCUAAAGCCAUUCAAUUUGGGUGUUUUUGCCCUCCCAACAGCUUGAAGUGUGAUACUUGCUUUGAUCUAUCUAUCUUAUUGAUUGAACUGCUAAGGCUUUGGUUAGCAACAUCUUCUUUAACUGCUGCCCUUUGUUUAAACCUGACGCAAGUUACCUUGAUAUGGACCCCUUCUUAUGUCCAGGUCAUGGCUUUGAGUGUCUUGUUGUUUUUCCUGAAUUACAGGGAAGGUUUCCCAUGUGUAAUGUUCACCUUUCUGUGAGAAUUCCUUUACAAAGGAGCUUUCCAGCUUGGCAGAACAAAAUCUUUAGAAUUGAUGGACAUAGUUAAGACUGCUAGGAUGUGAGCAAAUGGUGAUUAGUUUACACUCCCCCCUUGUUCUUUGGAUCAGUGUUUGUUCUGUUGCCCUGGUAUAAAUCCAGAGGAAAGGUAAUGGUCGAAAGAACCUAGGGAACAUGGGGGGGAUCUUCUUUCAGAAUCAGCUUGGGCAAUUGUUCCUCCUGGCCUCCUUCCCAGCAAAAUCAAGCUGUAAAACAAGGAACAAUGAUGACUGUUUGAAUACUCUGUACCAAGUGGGUACCAAAACUAAUUUCAUCUGCAAGGUGCUCUGUGUGUGUGUGUGUGCGCGCGCGCACGCGUGUGCGUGUGCUCUGACAUUGCAAAAGCAUUGUCCCUUUCCACAAACUAGGAAAGGGCCCCUAGAGAACCAUUGCCCUGCAGCAGAUUUAAAGGGCUGAAAGUUUUACCUGUUUUUUGUCUUCUGUUUUUGUCUUCACUAACUGUAAUAAUGCCAAUUUAAAAAAUGUUCUUUUAAAAGAAAACCACCCACAUGUAUAUGCAAAUAUAUGUACACACAGAAAACAAACCUAUAGGACCUUUUUCUUAGGCAACUAAGGCAUUCAUGUGGCUUCCUGCGCUUCGUCAAAUGUGCCCAUUCUUAUUGCUACUCCAUAAGUCAUCUUGGAAAAGUGGUGUAAGGUCAUAAUUUCUUGCUUAGAUCUUCAAGCUCUUGUGAUUUUGUUCAAUGUCCCUCAUGCCUCACUCACCCUUGUCUUGAAGGAUCUUAUUCUUCUGCUAUAAAUACCUUGGUAGUGCUAACCUUUUCUGACUUUCUACUUCAUAAGGUACAUCUGUUUUUGCACAAAUAAUUUUUCACAAACCUGUUUCACUCAAACUACAUAUAGUACUUAUUUGUUUGUUUUUUUAAACUAUUUUAUGUUUUUUGUUGUUACCUCAAAAUGGCUUUUAAAGAGGUAUUAUGGGAAAGACCAAACACAACUUGUGGCAGGAUAGUAUAUGUAUAUAUUGAUAUAUAUGCUGGUUGAAAACCUACUAAAAUUUAGUUUAUUGUUGUCUGUUUACUAUCCUGUGAUGAAACUAAUGCAGGGAAUAUAUUAAGAAGGGGUUAUUUUCCUUGUUCUGGAAUUUAGGAAGCCAUUCUUGUGUCUCUGACUUGACUUGGAGGCUUUUCCAAUUCUUUAUGUUGUCUUUGGUUGGUUUGUUCCCCCUCCCCCUGUAAAUUAGUUGGUAGAAAUGGUGAGUGUGGGAGGAGAUAGACCAUCGAGACACCAGUGUAAUCAGUUCCCUUCCAUUCUCACUUCCUGGGAGUUAGAGAAGUAGGAACAGAAGCAAAACACAUUGUAUUAAACCAAAGGUGUGUGUGUGUGUUUCAGUUUUGUAUGUUGUUUACAUAAUUUUUAAUAUAGAUAAUUUUCAAGAAGAAAGACAAAAUAUCCCACUUAAAAAAAAAUCCACAGGAUACUGUCCUGUUUUAUCCAUACUCUGAAUUUCCAGGUAUUUGGCUCCACGUAAAUGUUGUUAUUCUACAUAAUUUGCAGGGGGAAGGGUCCCCCUCCUCCAGAUUUAGAGCAUUCCAAAGUGCUGAAGGAUUUGUCAAUCUGGAGUUGUCUCUUGUCACUCGCUGCAAUAGGACUGUUCUACUAUAGGAGUGAAAUACUGGAGCCCCAUUGCUCUGCCUUUCACUUUGACCGUAUGCUAUAUGGAGCAGUUUUCCUGUUGACCCUCCCAAACCCAAAGAGUUGUGGCUGCUUCUCUGAGCUUUUUUACCACUUGGCAUUCUUGUCUUCCAAAUCUCUCACUGAAUCUCAGGUGGCAGGAAAACACCCAAGAACCAAUGACUAGUGACUUUUGAACCAUAUCAAGCUUAGCAGUUCAGCAUGAGCCAGGGGGUCAUUGAUCUCACUGAAUGAAAAUGGGAGGUUAACAAUGUCUCCUGAAAUGACCUGAUUUGUUCAUUUGUAAUAUUUUGCGUUGGCCCUCAGGGGCGUCUUCUAAUUAAAUCUUCUCUGUUGCAAAUAGAUCUCAUCCUAGUACCCAACAUAUGGUGGGAGGGUAGGGGCCUGUGGCAUGUCAGCACUCUGUCCGUUGUCUUUUCCUUCUCCUGGUACCCAGGAAGGUGUGAGAAAAGAGGCAACAUGCAGUGACCUUUAAUAUUGUGGGUUUUUUCUUCCUCACAUUUGUUGGUUUGAUGUGAUCAUCCUUUUAGCAGGUGGCAAGUCAGUGUGAAGGGAAAGGUUAUUGGGGAGGGGAAGGAUGUCUGUAAACCAUUGACCCCAUCCUCCUCUUACCGCUUCACACUGCCAUAUCUCCAUACUGUAUAAAGGAAAUAGCAUUGCUGUGUAUUUGUACUCUGGACUUCUGUGUGUCUGCUCUGGCAGACGGUAAACCCUUGUACAGUAGAUCUAGCUGCAUGUAAUCUGUAUGGACAAUGGCAUUAUAAAAUGCAAUAAAAUUAA